AUGUCUACCCGGUGGAAUUGGAGAGGUUCACGUCUUGGGCACAACCAGGCAGUGCGACGUGUACUACGGUAUGAUUCCGACCCUUCGUCCCCUCGUGACCAGCGUCCAUGGUACGGUGGAGUCCGAGCCCGUCAGCAGGGAAAAACCCGCUCCUCUCGCUCUGUGCAUCUCUAUCGACGCCUCCUCCCUCCACUGUCUGCUCAGUCCCAGUCCGCCGCUGCUAUGGUGUUGAGGAAGAGCAACACAGUGGACGAUUUGGGGGGCUUGGAGGCCAUCGACCUAGCCUACAAGAGCACCCUGCUGUUGGGCUAUGGUGAUGAGGGGAUGUUGAUGCUCCUCAGGUCUUGGUUCAGAGACAUGGAGAACGAGCAGGUGGCUGCCUCCAGCGACAAGCCAGACAACUUGGGUGCUGCCGCUUCCAACCCUUUGUUGGUCACUUCGUCCGGUCUCAUUGGCGCAGCCCUCGGUGAAGAGGACAUGCGCUUCUCCAGCAACGAAGCUGAGCUCGCUCAUGAGCUGCCGCCGGUGGCUGGCGGUUGA